AUGUUGUGCGUUAGUGUUGAAGGCCAGUUCAUUCCUAUGAAGAAAAUUGGUGAAAGAAAUCUCACAUACGCAGCAUUAGGUUUAAAGUACGGUUACCAUGUGGACGAGUUUGAUGUAAUCACAGACGAUGGAUACAUUUUAAAAAUAUUUCACAUCGCCGGCGACAAGACUAAGCCAGUUCUUCUCCUCCCUGGAAUGAUUCAAGACGUUGAAGUAUUUAUAAUUAGAGGAAAUAAAUCCUUAGCAAUAACUCUAGCCAACAAUGGCUACGACGUGUGGGCUCUUAACCCAAGAGGAAUCGGACGUUCUAGAAAACACGUUCACCUGAAUCCUGACCUCGACCCCAAAUUCUGGGACUUCAGUUUCCAUGAAAAUGGUUAUUACGAUCUUCCAGCGGCGAUAGAUUUCGUUUUAGAAAGAACAAGUGAGCGGCAGCUGAGUGCAAUAGGCUACUCCCAAGGCAAUACAGUGUUUUAUGUUCUGGGAUCAACAAGGCCCGAGUAUAAUGAAAAGAUCAAGGUAAUGAUAGCACUGGCCCCAGUUUGCUACUUACAUCACUUGAAACCACUCACAUCCUUCUUAUUGCCGUUGAUACCAAUUGUCGGCAAUUCGUUACGCUCUAUUGGUGUGGUUGAAUUGUUAAAUGAUAACUCUUUGCUAAAACGUCUAAUUCAAAGGUUAUGUAGUCUAAAAAGGAUAGGGUAUGAGCUCUGUAUACAAGGUAUAAUAUUCCAAGUUGGUGGAAAUCAUCCCGAAGAAUUAGAACCUGAAUUUCUACCUUCAAUCUUUGCCAACUAUCCUUCCAGCAUGUCCAUAAAGAACAUAGAGCAUGUCAGUCAAGUUGCAUUACGCAGGAAGUUCGCUCAAUUUGACUACGGUCCAGAGCAAAAUCUUGUUCUGUACAAUGCCCGCGCUCCACCGAAGUAUGAUUUACUAAAGGUAACAAUGAAAAUAGCUUUGUUUGUGGGCGGCAAUGACGGUAUAUCUACAAUAGGAGAUACGGAACUCUUAAGGGACAAGUUGCCCAACGUUGUUGAUUACCAUUUGUUUUCAGUCGAGAAGUUCAAUCACUUAGACUUUAUAUGGGGACGAAAUAUGGACAAAUAUCUGUUUCCACACAUAUUAUCUGUAUUAAAUAAAUGUGAUUGA